ACAUACGAAGGAAAAAGAUGAGAAGAUACAGAGCACAAAAAGAACACAAACACAAAAACCAGGUGAAAAGAGAAGGCGCUCGGGGGUCAGAACUAGAGAGAGAGAGAGAGAGAGAGAGAGAGAGAAUUCAUAUCUGGUUCGGUGUUCCUUGCAUGUUUCUCUGUUCUCAAGGACUCCUUUUUCGGGUGGAGAAAAUAAGACUCUGCAAGUUUUUCUAGCUUAUAUCGCCGGCGGUUGCGGUGAAAUUUUCCGGCACUGUGGUUAGUCCUCUGGAAGUUUUUAGAUUUUCGAGACAUAUUGGCUAGUGAAUUAGAUUUCAUGAGAGAAGAUAAAGGUUAUGGAUAGAAGCAGAGAAACUAGAAGAUCAAAAAUGGUUGCUUUUAGUGGAUUGUCAAGAAGGCAACACAUAAGUACCCCUCAUCGAGAUUCUCCUGAAGAGGAUGGGCAUAUAGAGUUGCAAGAAUCAGCGAGGCUAAGAGAUCGAGAUUUGUUGAAUAGGAAUAAGCGGAGACCAGGAGAUGGGUUGGUGCUAGGGAUUAGCAGAGAAGAAGCGGAAGAAACAACGGAAGAGAGCGCCUGUGAUGAAGAGGACUAUGAAAUUGAUGACGGUAGAGUGUCUCGGAUGCUUCCUCCCAAUGCAACAUCCUCUUCCUCGGUGCUUCCAAGCCACAGCCACCGGAAGAGCCUGCCUCCGACGGGAGUUGGUUUGAGACAAGUGCCAUCUUUGAAGGUCCUUGAUGAAAUGAUUGGUGUGUCUGUACCGAGGAAGGCUCGCUCAGCUUCUGUGAAAAGGUCGCACGAGAGUUGGGUUUCAGGAAAUGGUGGAUUUGGGGAAGACCUCAAACACCGGCGAGCUUCCACUUCAUCGGUGAGUCGGAGCGCUGAGGCUUCGCCACCUUCAUCGUCGGACAUUUCAGUUAGAAAGAAGAUGAAACUCAAUGGACCCAAGACUCGUUUUUCCAAAGUGUGGAAAUCUACGGUCCACGAGGAUAUCGAGAUUGAGAUCGCAGAGGUUUUGUAUGGGUUAAUGAAGCAAUCACAGGGCUCCAAGGAGGAGAAUGACGCUGAAAAUUCUUUGCAGAAGCUUGAAUCUAAGGAUGCAAAUGGUGCUAUUCACGAUUCCAAGUCAUCCCUGACCCCAGUCUCUGUCCAGAGCUCGUUUUUCUCCCAAAACAGUAGCCCUACGACCGAUCCCAUCCUUGCUUCAAAGAAGCGAAAAUUAGAGGCUGAAUCGGCAACAUUCCAAAACAGUUCAAUUGCUUCUUCAGUUAAAGAUGAAAGCGAGCAGCCUGUGAAAAUGGAACUUGUUUCACCAAAAGUGGAGAAAAUUUCAACAUAUAAUGUGGAACCUUGUGAAGAUUCGCGUAAUACGGGUGAUUCUCGAGCUGCGUCCAAGUCACCAGAAUUGCAAGAGGAGGUAAUUAAGCAAGUGGAUUCUAAAUCGGCGAUUGAAGAACCUGGAGUUGCUAGCGACGAAAAAUCUGUGUCACCAGAGGAGGAAUUGGCUUCCUGCACUAAAUUGGAUGUUGAUUUCCAGGAUUCAACAGUGAAAAAAGCCAUUUCAAAUACAUCAGAAGUAGAGGGCCAGCGCAAGGAGACGUUCAAGAUCGAUUUGAUGGCACCUCCUCCUAUGGUAUCUUCUCCAGAACGAGAUGGCUUUAUUGAUUUGUCAUCGGAUCCUAAGCACACUUCCGAGGAUGUGGAAAUGAAGACAGAAAAUAAGGUUAAAAACGAAGAACAGGUACAAGAAUCGGUGAAGGAAGCAGCAGUUGCGGAAGUUAAAGAUAAGAAGAUAAAGGUAAUUGGAGAAAAGCCUAAAUUAAAGCUUGAUCUGGAGAAGCUGGAUCACGACUGUAGCAAUGACGAUGCUACCAAAUUACAGCAGAAACAACCACCUAAAGCUGCUAUUUCUAAAUUGGAGACAACUGUUGAAUCCAGCUUAGCGCAUUUACCAGUUGCUGUAUCUAGUUGGCCAAGUGGUCUUCCGCCUUUUGGAUACAUGCCUCCCUUCCAGACAGUCGUGCCCAUGGAUGGGACUACUGGAUCAUCCACAGCAACACAGGGGCAGCCUCCUCGUUUUCGUCUUACUCAACCUCGCUCGAAGAGAUGUUCUACCCACCAUUAUAUUGCUAGCAACAUUUGCUUGCAUCAGCAAUUCACAAAGAUGAACAAUUUCUGGCAACCAGCAGCUGGCGCCGCAACUGUUCAUGGAACCAAACCCAAUAAUGCCAAUGCCAUGUCUUCAAUGGAGAAUAUGAUUAUUAGAAAUCCAUUGCAAGGGAGCUUUCCAGUUGUGAAUGCCAAUACUGCCCGGGACAAAGGGCAGGUUGUGGCAAAUUUUCCAGUUUUAACUAGGAAAGAUAGAAAUGUUGAGGGGGCCAACUGCAUAGACACAGCACAGAAAAAGCAGCUUGUGCUUCAUCAAUCUCCACAGCCAGCCUCAGCUGGUAAUUUGAUGCAUGGCCCUCCCUUCAUCUUCUCUUUUACCCAGCAUCAAGCACCAGUAGCAGCUACAGGAAUUCAAACUGGGCCUUCUAAAUCUGCCGCCUCUGUCAACAACACAUCAUUAUCUGGUAAUGCAAUAGCCGGAGUUCCAACAAAUUCUUCAGCAUUGCCAGCAGUAGCUGCAGCUUUGAGAUUUAGUUACCCAAAUUUGGCAGAAAAUAAAGCCUCAUACUUGACAAUACUUCCUAACAAUGGUUACUCAUUCCCUAUUUCCACUCCCAUUGGAAUCCCGCCAGCAAUCACAGGUGGAAGUUCUGCCUCAGCAUUGCCUUUCUAUAAUGGGUCUUUCUACUCAUCUCAGAUGCCAUAUCCCUCCCAGCUCCAGCAGCAACAGUCUCACUCUCAGCCUCUGGUCCAACCAGUUCGUCAGAAUGCAAGCUCAUUGAGUGGCUCAUCAUUAUCCCACAAACAACUGCAAACUCAGCAGCCCCGGGGCACACAGGUUAGUGGUAAUAACUUUUUGACCUCAACAACUGUGCAGUCACAGAAGCAACAGAAGCAGCAUGUGCUAUCCCAUCAACCUCGGAAGCUUGAAAAUGAGAGUGGGGAAGCUAGCCCAACAAUUUCUGACGCCCGCGCCUUGCACUCUCAAAAGAGUGUUCAUGGCCAGAUAUUCAUGGUUCCUCUUCAGCCAAACUUCACUUUAAUGCCCUCAACAACUCUUGGUGUGAGUGGCGCUGGCAAUCAUGGUGAGAAGCAACAACAACAUCAAUCACAGGACAAGGGUUUGAAGAGUGGAGUAGAUAUGGUCCCUUCUCAAGCAUUUGCAUUGUCAUUUGCCUCUUUCAAUGGAAGCAACACACCUUCAAACCUGAACUUCUCAUCCAUGUCACAAAAUCCUGCGAUCUUACAAAACCUUCCAGACAUGACUUGCCAGGAGUACCAGGUUGUAUCUGCAUCCCAAUCCACACAAAAUAAGAAUCACCAGGUAUCUGAAGGGAAGACUGGAGCCAAUGCUGCCAAUCCUGAUGAUGGAAAAAUGGCCAUGGUGGGAAAGUCACCGGGUAUUGGGCAAGAACUUAAUUUUGAUAAUUCAGCUAGAACUCUUAACUUUGCGUCUUCUCCUUUCACCGGGAACUGGCCUGCUUGCCCCAUCAUUUCAACCACAAAUUCUUCAGUUGCUGUUAAUUCUUCAAAUUCCCAGCAGCACCAAUUACUUCAGCUUCAAAAGCAACAUAUUUUGCACCAACAGCAACACCGACCUAAUGGAGCAGCUCGAAGUAAAACACUGAUGACUAACAGUCUGCCUUCAUCUUCCAUUGGUUCCAAAUUUUCAAAUAACCCUAUACUUUCAGAAAGUUUAGCCCAAAGCAAUAGCUCUCCCCAAAAUCCCCAGUGGGCAAACUCACCAAAGACCCCAACCACUCAAGCUCCUCUUACCCCACUCAUGGUUUCAAACACCCCAACUCUUAAUGUUACUCAGCAGCAAGGAAGAGCUCCACAAGGCCAGAUAUCUUUUGGGCGAAAUUCCAAGUCUAAUUUAGCACCACAAGGGCAACAAAUGCCUUCUAGCAACCAGUCUCCCCUGUUAGUUGCUGGUGCUCCACCUAUAGGUAUCUUGAGAACAACUUCAGCAAAUGCCAAGGGAGCUAAUUCAUCAGUUCCUGUAUUGCAAUCGCAACAUGGUGACAAUUCUUUGACUGGGAAUGGCCAGAAAAACUCCCCAGUAUGUGGUAGGAAUGUGCCUUCGAUCUUAAGUGCUUGUCCCAGUCACCUUUCGGAGCUAAAGUACUAGUAUCCAGCUGAAUGGGAGUCAUGUUCUGCAAAUUGCAAUUCCUGGUUCUAUCGGGUAAUUUCAUGAAGGAGCAUGUAGAUGGUGUGGUUGCACCUUACUUCUGAGUCCAUUGUCUACCGUUUGCUGGCUAAUUUGAUGGUAUACCAUUUCCUUUCCUGUGUCCAAGUCCAUGGCAGCUGAAGCUGCAGAACUAUAAUGGGCUUACAUUGUAUGCAGUUCAACCCUUGGCGUCAGAUCCUGGCAUAAUUCAUUCUUGUUGGAGGAUAAGAUUUGAGUAUAUGUAUCUGACAAGACCUAUCUGGCAAGGAAGAAGAGUUACAGAGGCUACUGAGAGGUAGAUUUGUCACUGCCAAAUUCCCCCAAUCUACCUGCUGCUAUGAAUUGAGGCGGAAAUGGGUGAGGAGACUGCCAGACUAAGACUGGUAUUGGAAGGGAGAUGGACCUUUCAUUAGGCCUUACAAGUUUUGACGUUAAUUUAGUUGGGAGCUACCAAAUACUGCGAAUUUAGGUUGGUAAAAGCUAAUGUUCUAAAUGUUACGCCCAUCUGUAAAUAUGAUGGUAAUUUGUAGUAUACAGAACAUUCUAAAUUCAGCCUUUUCAAUUAUUGCUGGUAAAAGCAUUUUAGUGCGGUUCUCUUUCCAA